GUUUGAAAUUUGUCUGUAGCCAACAUGGCGGACGACCUGGACGUUGAUAUCGAAGGAGACGAAUAUGAUGCUAAAUUGGGAUGAACCUUCAGGCGUUUGGAAAUUGCUCCCAAGGAUGAACCAAACUGUGGAGCUCUACAAUUUUUGUCUGAGGUCUUUUGAUUUUCCCAUGAUGUCAAGCAAAGAGGCACUGAGUUUGAAGUGGCUUUGGUGAGGGAGCAGCGCUACUCCAGAACCAGCACCCGCAGUCAGCAUGGAAGAACAAUACUGGAGUCUUGCCAUGGGGACUAGACAGCUCCAUCAGUGCAGAGAACAUGCUGCUGGAGGAACAGUAUUAUUUGACAGGUAAAGAGACGUCCAAGAGUGUGUGGGCCAACUCGGCUAACUGCAAGCCUAAACCCAAAGUGAAGAAGUCUCCUGCCAAGCCUUCAGGUUCAGGCUCCUCCACAGCCACUCGCUGGUCACAGCAGGAGAAGGAGCUGUUUGAGACAGGACUGGCUCAGUUUGGCCGUAGGUGGACUAAGAUCUCCAAGCUGGUAGGCAGUCGGACCAUUCUACAGGUGAAGAGCUACGCCAGACAGUACUUCAAACACAAGGCUAAAUCAGAGUGCAAUACUACUGCAGUGGCAACCCCUACAGCCCCCCUGGUUUUAGGCCAGGUCCCAGAGGCAGGGUCAACAGUGUUCACCUCUGGCCUGUCUGUCCCCACCCACCUGUCAGCUCUGACCAACACUGUCCGGAUAGAGAGACUGGGAGACGAAGAGGAAGAGGAGGUGGACAUAACUGAUGACUUCAGCGAUGAGGGAAGUAGUGGAGGAGGAAAUGGAGGAGAAAGAAAUAUUGAGGGGAAUGUUGAGGACCUCCAGGCUGGAGUUAGGACUGAGACACAUGAGCCUGGAGUGCCAGAGGAGCUGGACAACCAUGGAGAGAUCCACCAGGUGCAACUCAACCAGACACACCCCAGGCUGGAAGAGACGGAUCAGGAGCAGCCUAACUGUAGCCCUCCAUCUCCCCUCACAGCUCCAUGCCCAGCAGAGCAGGCCCCCAGCGGACAGUGUGAGGGGGGAACUGCUGAGCCCCUGAGGGACCCAGUGGAGUCUGGAGAGGAGACAGGGGGGUCUGGGUGGCAAGAGGCAGGGGAGGAGUUUGAAGAGGAGGAGCUUACAGCCCCCGAGCAGGAAGCGGAGCUGGACCUGGCGACUAUCACUGAGGAGGAGAAACGAGCUAUCCCAGAAUUCUUUGAGGGACGGCCAUCCAAAACCCCAGAGAGAUACCUGAAGAUCAGGAACUACAUGCUGGACCAAUGGUUGAAGAGUAAGCCCAAGUACUUGAACAAGACGUCAGUGCGUCCUGGUCUGAAGAACUGUGGAGAUGUCAACUGUAUCGGCAGAAUACACACCUACCUGGAGCUGAUAGGAGGCAUCAACUUCAACUGUGAUCAGGCAGUGUAUAACCGUCCCAGGGUGGUGGAUCGUUCUAAACCCAGAGAGAGCCGAGACACUCUGGAAUACCAGCUGGCCCAAAGACUACAGAGCAUGCGAACCAGGAAGCGUCGUGUGAGGGACGUGUGGGGGAACUGGCGUGACGCUAAAGACCUGGAGGGACAGACAUACGAGCACCUGAGUGCAGAGGAGCUAGCCCUGAGGAGAGAGAUGAGACCGCAUAAACCCUGUAAGGUCUCCAGGCACAGAGGGUUGCUGGAUCCGUUCCAGCUGAUUCCGUGUCGUGUGUUUGGAAAGGAAAGGCAGGAGCCCUUUCAGGUGAUAGUGUGUGCCGAGGCUCUCCUCAUCAUGGACAUGCAUGCCCAUGUGUCGAUGGGUGAAGUCAUCGGGCUACUGGGAGGAUCCUACAGCGAGGAAGACAACGUCCUGAAGAUUGUUGCAGCGGAGCCAUGUAACAGUGUGAGUACAGGUCUGCAGUGUGAGAUGGACCCUUUGUCUCAGACUCAGGCCUGUGAGCUGUUGUCUAGCCUGGGCUUGGCUGUAGUGGGAUGGUACCACUCUCACCCCACCUUCCACCCAAACCCCUCUAUACGGGAUAUACACACACAGGACCAGUUCCAGGUACGUGUGUGUGUGUGUGUGUGUGAGAGAGAGAGAAACUGUGUUCUGACCCUCUCUUUCUCUCAGAGUUAUUUCUCUCGAGGCGGAGCCCCGUUUAUUGGGAUGAUUGUGAGUCCGUUUGACCCUGCUAACCCCUCCCCCCGCUCCCAAACCACCUGCCUGAUGGUCAGAGAGGACCAAGGACCAGGACCACAGAAGCUGCCCUACAGGUUUGACUACCAGUGUUCACAGCAGCAGCCUGACUGGAGCCAGCUGAUGAGGAGGGCAGAGUGGAUUAUCCACAAGUAUAAACACGCCCACGGCAGUGUCCAGAUGGACAGGCCGUUCCGCAGGGACUCUCAUCUCACCUGUCUGGAGAAGAUGAUGUCAUCUUUGGGGAGGUAUCUGGAGCCCCUGCUAGAGGAGGAGGGAGACCACUUCCUCUCCCAGAUCCACACUCUGUUCCUGUCACACUUUGUUGCUGAGAAACCAAGAGGCAAGGAUGGGGGCGAAACCGCUGACUCCUCAGAUCCAAUCAACACCCAUGCCUUCCCCUUCACUCAGCCAAUCAACAUCAGAGGAACAGAUGACACAGGAACAAAGGAAAACUGGGAGAAUGAAUCGGUCUCGCCCAUUGAUAGUAUAGAAACGCCUAAUAUAGAAACCACUAACUCGCACACAGCUAACCAAGAGAACUUACAUCCAAUGCAGUUUGGUUCUGUGUUGUUAACUGGUCAUGAUUAUCUAUUCUGAAUCUACUAGAUGUCUCUAUAUAUCCAGUUUGUAAUGCAGUUGAAACAAUAACAAAGUCUUUUCCCUGCCCCUAUUUCGGUAAAAAGCUGGAGGAUGGGGCUGGAGAUCAGUAACCCCUCACAGACAGCUAUAGAUGCAAGGACUGACCAUCCAUGAUAUAAAAAUGUUUCAACCAUGUUUUGGAGCUAUAUAGUGUUUGUUUAAAAACAUUGUAGUAAAACAAGUGUAUAUUUUGGGUUCUGAUGGGAUACAACAGUUCAAGAAUCAAUGGGUACAUAUAAAUCAUUUAUCGUUCCAAAAAUGAAUGAACCUCCAGAUUGCCCUUUUAACCCCUUGUGUGGUGUUCAUGUUUUUGUUAUUCACCCAAUGUUCACCGGUCUGAUGGACCCACAACAUUACUGGGUUUUUAAAACAAUUCAGCCAUAACAAUUUAUGUAAAAAAUACUUACUACUUAGAUGUUGACUUAAAUCAAUUACAAGCAAUAUAGACAGCAUACAUGGUUAAUAUAGACAGCAUACAUGGUUAAUAUAGACAGCAUACAUGGUUAAUAUUUGCCAUUUACCUCUGCUAGAUCACAUUUAUCAAUAAAAGUUUUUUUUACCAAAA